CGGCCCUCAUCGUCAACGUAAGUCAAUAUAAUUAAGGGGAUUGUUUCCCCUUCCGCCUAAGGUUCAUCGAGCCAAGAAACCCGAGUCCAGCUGCUGGCAAUGGAGAGCCCUUUAAUUGUUAUCCCCGAGUUGUCCAGGCUUUACAGCAUUCUUGAUCGUGAACUGGGGAACGUCCGGCUGGCACCUGCCGAAAAGAUCCAUAGGGUGCCCCUCUACAAGGAAAACAGAGCAAGAACAGGUGAUGAUCAGAGAGAAAUCUUCGAUCCCAUCGGACAAGCUCCUGUCGACCAUGGAUUCUGGUGCUGGACGCCUCUCUAUUACGAUGAAAGUCGAAAGCCUAUACGGAGAGUGCCAGAGGGCGGAGGGAGUUGGAAUCGGCGCAGGGCAUAUCGCACGACCCCAAGUGAGGGAGAAAGAUGGCGCAAAAUAAAAUUAUCGUUUAACAGGUUCACCAUGAUAGAAUAUUCGCUUGGAGGAGAAGGAGAUCAGCCCGAGUGCGCUAUCUGUCACAUUUUUCCAAAAAAUGAGGGCGCUGCAAGGAACCCGCCUCCUCCAGACAGAGGCCAGAGGGAUCUUCCCCCAAACCAAGUUGUACCACCAGAAAAUUUCGCUCAUCAAGGAGGCAUUAUCGCUGAUGGAAGCAAUUAUACUCUACCGCGACAUCCUGAUGGCCCCCCGGAAACGGCAACACCUGAUCAGGGUCCUCCUCCCUCGCACGGUAAUCCGAAGAGAAAAAGGAAAGUUGAAAUUCGCGAUUCAUCUGAUGGAAGUAAAUGGUCAACUGAGGAAGACUGGAUGAUUAAAUUGUUAGACACCUUAAAGCCGGCCACGCAGGAGAAUCGUCAGCUCAACGUUCAAUCACUUAACAUGGGCACUGAAGGCAAUCGAUCUAUCAUGCAAUUCCAAGCACCUCAACUUGUAAAUGAGAGUGCCAUGCACCAAGACCAGAAUUUAAGCCAUCAGCCUUACAUCAUGCCCACUCAAGAAGGUUUACGUACCAAUAAUCAAGACUAUCAACAAAGUGCUACCUUGAACUCUGAUCAAGUCCAAUUUAGUGGCACGGCAAACCAAUAUUGGGACGUGCCUGACUUAACCUUCAGCGCACCUGGUGAAAGUUCAACUGCCUACGAUCUGGGAUUCAGCGAUGAUGCCCCCAAGUUUUAUUGAUAAGCAAGCAAUGAUCUAUUUGAAGGUACUAAGAACCCAGUUAAAGUUAUAAAGCAAUUGCUGCAUAGGAGUUCGCCGGCCCAAGGGCGUAGCAUGCCUCUAAUAUUUUCUGAUUAAGAACUCUUUAUAUGUUAUGUUAUAAACAAUGGAAGUAUGGUGUGCUCAGAACGCUUUCUCUAGGACAGCAUUUUGCUGGUUGUUGGUGUUGUAAUAAGGUUCCAACUUGGGAUAUCCAUACAUAAUCAUAUACAUAUAUACAUAUGUGUGUAUCCUUUCAUGAUUA